AUGCUCCCCCAGGCACAACUCGGACCGCACGGUCUUCUCGACGCAUUCACUGCCGCUCCAGCGCAUUUCUUCCUGCACAGCAUGGAUGGACCAUGUGGGGAUUCAUCAACACUGCGCGUUUUGCGCACAACACGGUCUACGUGGUGCUUCACACCGGUUCACUUCACUCUCCAUAGCAGCACCAUGCAUGCAGCUUGCUCCUCACCCCCCUCUCCCCUUCUGUCCCUCCCUCCCCAAUCCCCCACUCCCCAACCACCCCACCCCUGCAGCGCGUUUGUGCACAACACGGACUACGUGGUGUUUGACGGCUUCACAGCAGCGGACAACGUGUGGGGGGUGAACCUGCAUCAGGUGGAGGGUGCUGUUGUGCGCAACCUCAGGGUGGUGGGGCAGACCGCCAACUACGGCAACCCCUGGGACUGCACCGAGGAGUGGGGCUCUGGGGGUUGCGCUCCGGUCUCAGGCUGCAACUUCCCACUGGCGGAGGGGCAGCAGGGGCGCAGUGUGGGGUGGGGGGGCAGGGAAGAGCCGGUAUACGGGCUGGUGUGGACGCAGAGCCCAUGGUUCACCGACGGGCUAUUUGACAACGUUGUUGACGGCGCUAAGUGCGUGCAUGCAUGCGCCCAUGCUUCCAUGCACCCGUGCAUCUGA